GUAGAUUUUUAAAAAUCUGACUAUUUUCUAGCCGUUUGAAAAGCAUUUAAUUGAUGUUUGACUCCACCAACGGAUCUCUAGGCCUCCAACUCUAUAAAUUGGUGAUAUCCCUUCAUUUUUACUCAUUCCAUUCCAAUUUAUUUCAUAUAUUCAUCAAAUUACAUCAAUUCUUGCUCUUGUUCUUCAUAUUUUUUAAAAAUUUCUGCAAUCUCUCUCUCCAUCUGAUUUCAUGGCAGGAGGUCAAAGAAAAAGAUCCCGCACCGGCAAGAACGUCCCCUCCUCCUCGGCUCCUCCACCGUCGACACACAAGUAUCUCGGCGGGUCGUUCCUUUGGUUCAACAACCGCGCUAAGGCCACACGUUUCUCGGAAAAGUUUGAGCACCAGGAAAUUCUUCCUCCCCGGUUCUCCACCGCCCACUUCAUUCAUGAUUCCAUCCCUCGCGAGGCACGGAUUAUCCUCGAGCGUGGAAAUUUCCUCGAUCUCCUCUAUAUCAAGAAGCACCAUUAUCAACCUUUUCUUGUUCGAGCUUUCUUCUCGAACUUGAAAAAGGAUGAGGACGGAGCGUUGAUUUCUAACGUCAACGGGGUGGACAUCUAUUUGAAUGAGGAAAACAUUCAAAUUCUCACAGGGCUUCGUCGGAACGGACAAGAUCUCGGCCUCUAUGUCGGAGAAGAAGGAGCGCGGUUCAACGAGACUGCACUCUUGGAGGAAGUGGGCAUCAGAGACUUCGUCCCCACUCCCCAACAGCGGCGCCCUACGAUUACUUUCAUGAGUCCCGUGUUUCGCUUCAUUUUUUAUGUUUUGACACGAAUUCUCAAGCCAAGGAAGUUCAAUCACACCGCUCUUUCCCAAGAGGACACGAAGACGCUUCAUGCGAUGAUUCACAACGCCAAUAUCAAUUGGUGUAAGUUUGUGAUGACUCACAUGUUCAAUGCCACCUCCGACAACCGGCCGCUUCCCUAUGCUCUUCUCGUCAUGGCGAUCCUUGAUGAGUUCCACAUCAAUACGAACGUUGGGAAAAAUGCAAAGGGACGAAGCAUUGGGAGAUUGAUGAAUCCUCCUUCCCUCGGGCACCGACGAAACUCCGUUUCGAUAGCCUCGUCCACGCGCCAACCAAGGGCCACCGAUUCGACCAACCCUUCUCUCGCCGAGCAAAUGGCCGCCUUGACCGCCACUCUCUCUCGGAUUGACACCAACGUCUCCCAAACAGCCCAAAAUGUCAAUAUUUUGAUCCGUGAGCUUCCCGAGUAUUUUGACUUUGUCAACUAUCCCUACGCUCAAAUGGUCCCUUAUGUUCCUCCGGCAAACCUCGGUGGUGAACCAAGCGGGACUAACAAUGUUGGUGGAGAAGAAGAGGCAAACGAUGAGGAAGAAGAGGAAGAGGAAGCCGAAGAAGAAGAACAUGAUGAUGAUGAUGAUGAAGAGGAAGACAUCAACGAAGAACAACUCCUCGAUGAUCUUUCACCAGAUUUCUAGAGCUCUAGCUCUUUUCCUUAUUUAAUGAAUAAAAAUCUUUAUGGUUU